AAGUUUACAACAAGUCUCCGGGUGAGACCAGUUUCUCAUGUGCGCGUGCAGAGGUGUGCAUGUUUUAACUUCGACGCGCGGCGCGUGGAAAGGCGUCCCGUGGAGGGUUUUUAGUCUCGGGCCGUGGACGAGUUUUGUCCCGCAGGAGAGCCAAGGAGAGAGGGGGAGUAGGGGGAGACGCUGCGGCUGCUUGAAGAUUUCUGCUUCGUGACUAAACUUUUCGGCGACAUGGACGCGCACCGCGGCGGCGCGCCCCCGGCGGGGCAGCAGGUCGUGCACGUGCGCGGGGACUCAAAGACGGAGCUGGAGGCCCUCUUCAGCGCCGUGAUGAACCCGAGCAAGGCGGCCCGGCAGCCGCAGUCUCUGCCCAUGAGGAAGAGGAAGCUGCCGGACUCCUUCUUCAAGCCGCCGGAGCCCCGGGGCCACUCCAGACAAGCCAGUUCAGAUGGAGGUGUGUGUGGCUCGCUCGCUCCUCAUCACGUCCGUGCUCAUUCCUCCCCGGCCUCCCUCCCCGUCAACUCCCUCACCGCUCAAGCAGAUGCAGAUGUAGCCACCUCACCGAUAUUACCUGAUGAUGUGCCACUCCCAGACGGUUGGGAAAUGGCCAAAACGCCUACUGGCCAACGGUACUUCAUCAAUCACCUGCAGAAGACAACCACGUGGCAGGACCCCCGACUCUCACAGCUUCAGUCGGCUGCAGCACAGCAUCAAAUCUCCUGCGCCCCGGUUCACGCCCACUCCUUCAGCAAUCCAGCACCCACAACGCAACCCCAACCAAUCAGUCAAGAGACAGGUCCGCUGCCUGAAGGCUGGGAGCAGGCUGCGACUGCAGAUGGAGAGGUGUACUACAUCGAUCACAUAAAUAAGAUCACCACGUGGGUCGACCCGCGGCUAGCUCAGAAGAUGAACCCUGGCAUUCUUGGCUUGCAGCAAAGGCAGGAGAAGGAAAGACUCCGACUCAAGCAAGGCAUGCCUCCUCAGAUCACAGCCCAGGAGGCAACAGGAAGGAGUCAGAUGUCCGGGGCCAUGGACCAUGACAGAAGCGCGCAAAUGCUCGUCCCAUCAGUGGACGUCAGAAUCAGAGUCCUGAACCAAGAACCGACACUUAAUGGGGCUCAUUCUCGUAACGAGAGCACAGACAGCGGUCUGAGCGUCAGCAGCCUCCCACGCACGUCAGACCACAUGUUGAGCUCCGUGGAUCAUAUGGAUACCGGAGACUCCAGUGAGCCCCCGUCAGUGAGCAUGCAGGAGUCCAUGUCCGUGAUGCCGAUAACCGAAGGCGAGGAGCUGAUGCCCUGCAUCCCCGACGGGCUGAACUCGGACCUUCUGAUGGACAUGGAGACGGUGCUCUCGGGACCGCACAUGGACAGAGACAGCCUUCUCACCUGGCUAUAGACGCAGGUUAGCACUGCUCAAAGUGUGGGUAAACGUCCAGUUUCAUAACAUGAAUUCUGGAGGAUUUUUGGACUCAAAGGUGGUUCAGAGCAACAAAGAAACUGCUUCUGUUGAGUGAUGGAUAUCUGACAUGACUCACUCCUUGAUGGAUGACAGAAAGACUUUCAGGAGGUGGUAAGCUGCUGGUUUUCUUGGUUUAUGCUUUAAAACCAGAAAAAUUAUGAUAUUUUCAGUUUCUCUGGUCUUUUCACUUCCCGACCAUCACCUGUUUUGUCUGAAUAUCACAGGUACAUUCAGAGAGCAGAUUUUUACUAAAUCUUAUAACCUUUUUAUCAAAGUCAAGUCGAGAAAAGUAUUUUUUAAUUUCCGUUACGAUAAUCUGAAUGUCACAAAAAGAGCUUUUAAAAUAAAAUUACAGCAGGAAUAGUCACGUCUAGUUCUACUACCUCUAAACAUCAGUAACCUGUGAUUUUUGUUGUUCAUGAUCACAGCUGGGAUUAAAAGUCAUUUGAAAAACUUCGAUGGUGACGAGCACAGACUCAAAUAUUUUUGAAGAUGAACACUACAUUAGUUGCAUAUAAAACUCGAUGCAUGACACGUGGUACCUCGUUCUGACCAAGAACAGAACCAGAGACUCUGCAACCCGUCAAUUAUAGAAGCUCGUAAAUAAAAAAAAAAAAGGUAUUUAAAGUGUU